AUAAUAAUUUGGCUUCAUUCAUUGCUCCCGUCCGUUGUGUUCCAGAAACAAGGAAAUAUUAAUUUUGCCUCUGCCAAUUGAUUACAGUAUGUUCGGUACUGUUGCACCGAGUUCCAGCCUGCGAGCAGGAGUCAUGUAGCUAGAGUUAGAACGAUAACGAUGAAGUCCACAAAAUGUCCAUGGCGUUGUGGCGAUGGUUAUGUCUCAGUGUGGAGAGCCAUGAGACUUCUGCCAUUUCUGGUGAUUCUUUCAGGCCUUUCGGGGCUUGCUAACUCAGUGAGAUUAGUCGGCGAAAGCGAAAUCGGCAAUGGCAACAAUGCGACUGUAACGUGGCUUACGGAGGAAAGCGACUCGGAGCCGUAUAUUGGCAGCAACGAGAAGGAUGAAGUUCGUCUGUACUGCAGCGAUGAGAAUCCACUGGAUAGUAGCACUCUCCGGGAUGACCACAUCGAUCACUGGCAUAUACCGGACAUUCUCAUUCAAUCAGAAAGCAAUCUCCCAUACAAUGGAACGGUAGCUUUUGGACCACUUAUCAACAUGCGUGUUACGUGUCAGAUUAUUUUCUGGAAAUACAACUCCACAGGGCAGGACCAACAUUUACCGUUGUUUCCCUCCAACGCACACAAACUUACGGUUGGCAGGGGCCCUCUGCAGCCGAUGCAAGCACAUCUCUCAUUGACAGCAGAUCCAUCGGUUGUGUACCUGACUUGGGUGUCGAGCUAUGUGUCAAACUACAACCCUUCUGUGUGGUAUCAUGAGUCUGCUCAGCCAGGCGCUGUGUCCACAAGCCAGGCGGGAGCAACGACCUAUGCCGCAGGGGACAUGUGUGGUGCCAAGGCAGUGCGGGUGGAGGGACAGCAUUUCCGCGAUCCAGGAGCUAUCUACUCGGCCGCCCUGGCCAAUCUCAAACCAGCCACCAAUUACAGCUAUUGGUUUGGCAUCGAUAAGGCCAACACAGGUGGCAUGUCUCCCGUCCACUGGUUUCUGUCUCCCAAGUUGUCUGCUUCAAAUGCGCACAUUGUUGCCACGGCCGACAUGGGUGCCUGGGGUGGUAGCAACCCCAAGGUUGACGAGUGGCAAAGUCCCAUCCCUACCAUCAUGCAACGGAUCCUGACAGUGUCCGACACCAAGCCUGUGGACCUCGUUGCCAUAUACGGAGAUUUAUCCUAUGCAAAUGGCGAAGGGCAUGUGUGGGAGCGCUAUUUCUACCGCCUCGAGCCAGUAGCAACUCGGAUACCGUUACACGUUGCUAUCGGCAACCAUGAGUAUGACUAUGAUAGGAGUACACAGCAUCCGCUGUACUUCUCCCGCUGCGAAAUCCGCUCUGGCAGGGCGAGAGGUUUCCGCCGCCGCAGUACGAAGAUCAUGUUUGUGUUUGUCGUGUGGUUUGCCAUGUCGCGACGUCUGCCAAAGAAGCGAGCGGCCGAUCAGUUGCCAUUGAGCUUGGCUUCGUUCCGCCGUGUACGACGCGAAUGUGACGACACGCAGUCCCAGCCGGAGGACAGUCAGAGAACUUCGCCUUCCGUCAGUUCGGAAAAUGCUGCAGUCACGGCCUUAGUUUCUGCCUGUGCUGCAGCUUUGUACUUUGUAAGGCUCUAA